UGAAAGUACUGCUUCUGUACGAUAUCGACGAUGACAUGUGCGAUGAGGAAACUGUAUCAGCACGCGUAUGCCGCCAGGGGAUACACGCUAUCAGCAUAUCAGGCGGCCCAUUCGUCAGGAGAUGCACGAGUGACAAGACUCGCCGCAUGAGAGUAAUGAACCGUCAUCCUGCUUUUCCAGUGAUCAACUUUUCGUUUUGAAGAUGACCUUGUCCGACAAGGACGCGCAUACACAGUAAGUCCAGUCCAGUCCAGUCAGAGAGGCCAAGACACUCUGCGCUCGUAUCGAAUAUAAGGCGUCCAAGUCAUCUUGUCCAUUAAACCCAAAAUCAUGCAUGGUUCCGAGGGUGUUCUGGUAAGAUGAUAUCAAGUCCACAAACCCCAUUCAUUUAUGUCGCUAGAGACCUGCAUUUGAGUGUUCAUAGUUCGAGAGGUGUCUUGAGAAAGACAAUGACUUAGGAAGCCGAUCCCCUGUGAGGUGUGAGUGUGUGAAUCAAAACAGAUCCCCAAUUCGGGAUGUUCUGCAAAAUGCCCGUCACGGUAGCAGUUGUCGGCGCUGGCCCUGUUGGGCUGAUGGCCAUGAAGAACCUAAAAGAAGUCGGGUUCGAAGUGAGCGGCUUCGAAAAGCGAGGGUACGUCGGUGGUCUAUGGAAACAGUCUUGGGAGGAUUCCUCCAUCUCUGUCACAGAGCACACGGUCUUCAACAGCAGUCGAUUCCGGAGCUCCAUCUCGGACUACCCUUUCCCAGACCAUUACGAUGACUAUCCCACCGCCAAACAAUUGCACGGCUACCUCGAGAGUUACUGUGACCACUUUGACCUACGACGACAUAUUCGCCUCGACGCCGAAAUUAAGUCGAUCAAGCGAGACCAACAACAAGACGGCAUCGCGCAGACACAGAGGUUCGACAAGGUCAUGAUCUGUACGGGGUCGUUCGUGUCGCCGAAAACGCCAAAGCUAGCGGGCAUCGACAAGUUCCAAGGCACGACAAUGCACUCCGUCAACUUCCCCCAUCCGUCACGAUUCAAGGACCAGAAUGUCCUGUUGGUCGGUCUACAUGCCACGGCACAAGAUCUCACGGUUGAACUCCAUGGGUACGCGAAGAAGGUGUACAUUGCUCAUAGGAUCGGCCUUGUCUUGUUGCCACGCUUCAUGCCCGACGGUCGAGCAAUGGACGUCGGCCAGACACUCGGGUUGGUCUUCAUCCAGCUGUUCAUGGAAGCAUGGUUCCCCAGAGCGUGGGCGUGGGUCAUGAACAAGAUCCUCGCCUCCAUGAGCUCGGCCGCGUUCCCCAACCAACCUGAAGAAUGGAGACUCAAGCCUCACCCGUCAGCUGCGACCGUGACCCCUCUCGUCGGCGACGCCAUCUACCCGCACCUGCAAUCAGGAUUCGCCACGCCCGUCGCCGCCGUCGACGGGAUCACGGGACCCAAGACCGUCAGGCUCACCGACGGGAGAGUCCUCGAGGACAUCGACGCCAUCAUCUACUGCACGGGCUACGAUUUUGCGUCUCCCUGCCGCCCAGAAGAGUACGACCCGUUCCCCGUCCGCGGCCAACCGCCGAACCUGUACAGAAACAUCUUUCCGAUCCACGAGGACGCGGGGAUCCGCAACUCGCUCGCCUUUCUGGGGUACUCGGCCAUCGUCUUCUCGGGCCUGGUCCAGUUCGAGCUUUCGGCCAUGGCGGUAAGUCAAAUCUGGCGCGGGAACGCGUCGCCGCUCCCUUCCCUGUCCGAGAUGCAGAGGUGGCGCGCGCGACACCUGGCCUGGCGCCGGGGCAUCGUCGAGCGCGCCAAGCCCUCCGAGACGCACAGCUUCGUGGUCGCCUUCGUCGACCCGCCCGACUACGUAUCCUGGGUCAACGAGACCGCGGGCUUGGGCAUGCUCGAGCAUUUCGGGACUUUCAGUCGGAAGGCGUGGCGGUUUUGGUGGCACGAUCGAGACUUUUACAGCCUGUGCAAGAACGGAGUAUUUUCACCCGCCAUGUGGCGCCUGUUUGACAUGGGGAAACGAAAGGCUUGGGUCGGCGCCAGGGAACAGAUCAUCAAGGACAAUGAGCUCGUGAAGAAGCGAGGAGAGGAGCGAUUGGUUGCGUUGAAAAAGGAAAGAUCGUGAUGGAAGUCGGAAGAAAAAGGAGUGGUUGCGUACGCGGGAACAAACGUAGAAGAGAUGGACAAGUAGAUGUCCACUUGGGACGCCCUGAAGACCGAGGAAUAAGAACCUCUCGAUGUUACUCCGUAUAAACAAAUGGAAUAUAACCGCCC